GAACAUGAUCCCGACAUGAAUAAGAAAAGGGCUCUUUUACAAAGUGCUCCUGCAUUGAAAUAAACGAGGACGCGAAUUACGUCGUAUAAUGCCUCUAUAUAUGAAUUAAGCGUCACAUGAGCUUCAUGUUUUGAGUCACACGGGUGUACGAUAGAAGAAUCCCAUGUACUAUGAGUAGGAAUUAUUUUAUUUCCGAGUAUGCAUGUGUUCCAAGACUUUCUGACUUCAGUAAAGAUAACCGUCUCAAAAUGACACCCAAUAUCAAAAAUAAAGUCACGUUUGUUUCUCGAGCGAUCAACAGAACUCAUGAAUUCUUCGACAUGGAAUGUUUCGUAUACUGAUAAGGAAAAACAAAUAUUAAUAAAAACUAGAUCAAGAUAUAACCAAAUCCCCCUUGCCAAGGGCGUCAGAAACCCUUUCAAUGGAUGAUUUCCUAGUUCCAUUUCAAACGCUAGAAAUUUAGAUCUCUUUGAUAAAACAACGUUUGUCCCGUCACCUUUUCGUGGUUCGAGUCACGCCCUUUGACGCGAGAAGCAUUUUGAAACGGUCCGUUCCUGUGGUCAUCAUGGAUAUUGCGCGGUCGGUGUCAUGGUCGCCGGAGACGUAUAACAUGAGGGAGUUGAUGACGUACUGUAAGACACCCAUCAUUGCUAUGGUGAAACAAGGACACUGUUCAUUGAGGGAAGAAGAUUCAUUAAGCCAAGGACAGGUGAUCAGAAUAGCUCGUAUUCACACCCAGAACCGUGUGGUUGCCAAGGACGCCAAAGACAGGCUAAUCAGCAUACCAUUAUCGUUCCCAUUGGACUUCGAAGUGAUGCCAAAGAACAAAUCGGGGUCCAUUAGGGGGACAUUCAGGAAAUUGAAACGAAUGCAGCUCACCGAUCUAGUACGCAACUACCAACUCCCGCAUAAGGUCAAACUUCCAAACGACCUCCGUCACAACGAUAUCGUCUUAAAUCUCAUCGGUAUCGAUCUAUUAUCAGGGCCUAUCGACUUGCAGCAACUAGAGGAAGAAGUAUAUCUUCAAGGAAAUGCUGUAAACUUUGGUGAGCUUGAUACAACGGUACUCAACAUCCCUGACCAUUCCGAUCUAGAGGUCUCGUUAGCCCUAGGACCACAGCCUGGUAGAGAAUCACAGUUUAAGAAACUGCAGAAUAAACUCGCUGACAAGGUCGCUAAAGAUGUCCGGUUUGGAGGUGCCGUCGACGCUCAAGUGAUUAAACGACUCAUUCCGAUCGGUGUCGAAGACGAGACGCGAUCCAGGUCGGGCUCCACCCUCCGAGCUUCGAGAUCUGUUCCCGACAUCAGAAGUCGGGCCAACGACAUCAGCGCCAACGGUCACGCACAUGGCGUGGUAUCAGGCAGAUAUCAAAAGCGAGACUCCACAUACGGCAGGCCAAGUCUGUCUGCCUUAGAGAAACGCAUGAAGGAAAAUAAUCCACCUCCCUUACCACCACCGUCACCGCUGUACAACAACGGCAACUCGUUCGAAUUCAACAACGCCGCCUUCGAUAUGAAUGACACGAGCGACUCGGACGAGCUCGAGAGCGAGGACACCGAGAGCGAUGUACAACCCCCUGCUUGGACUGAUAUCAAGUUGGAUGAUGACGAUGACGACGACAUAGCCCCACCGAAAUCGCUCUUUGGAACAGUUUCUUCGUUUUCAUUCAACAAUCCUUCGACGUGGGGGUUCGGGAAGCAAAAUGGCAAGGCAUGAUCUCCAAUCAAAUGGAACUCCUACAAAUUUUGGAAACUUCGGUUUGGUUGAAUGUUCUCCCUUCAUCUCAAUGCGUGCUUGAUAACAUCAGAUAUAUUUAUACUUCUUGCAAAUGAUACCCGACUCUUCAUGAUUAUACCAAUUUAAGAAGAGGCGAUAUAAAUGUUAUAUAGAUAUCAGACAUAUAUAACGUUAGUCUGAAAAGUGAAAAUUUGUACAAAAUAAACACGAAUGAACG